ACCUCUAACCCCACCCCAAUGAAGGGACAAAUUCCUUUAUAAAUAAGAGAGAGAAAACUCACUCACACGCACAUAGGCAGUUUGGUAAGGCUUUUGUAGUCUAGUGUCUUGCAGCAGUGUGUGCAUCUCCCACCUUUUCCUUACUCUCUCUCUCCCCCCAAAAUUUUGUUCCUUCUUUUGGCUCAUUGUUUUACAGUGAGACACUGUGAGAGAAAAGAGGACAUACAGGCAAAAACCCAAAACAGGCGAGAUAGAGAGAGAUAGAAAAAGGCCAGAGCUUACUAUAGCCUAAAGAGACACUUCCCCCAACAACAAAAAGAGAAGAAAAGGAAGGAAAAGCAAGACAGUGAAAUGUUUGAAGGAGUAGCACCAGAGCAAUUCCACCCUUUCAUCUUGGCUACUACUACUACUAAUCCUUCAACCACCACAACAACAAUUCAUCCUCCUCCUCCUCCUUCUUCUUCUCUUUCUCCAUCGCCACAUCUCCCUCUCCAUCUCUCCUUCGCUUCUCCUCAUCCUUCUUCUCCAUCGCCUUCACCAGCUGCUGCUGCUGCUGUCUUCCCCAUCGGCUUUGACCCUUACCAACUCCCACACCCGCCCAACUUCUUCCACCCACUGAAUCAUACUGCCAACAGUACCAGAAGCAAUGUCAAGAACCACCAUGAAGACAGAGAGCUAAUGCCAAGUUUUGUGAUCCCACAUCACCACCACCACAACCAGAAGCAGCAGCAGCAGCAGCAGCAGAAGAUAAUUACGGAGCAUCCCCAAGCUUGGUCUAAUGAAGAAGUUCUUGCCCUUCUGAGGAUCAGGUCAACCAUGGAGUUGAACUGGUUUCCACCUGAGUUCACUUGGGAGCAUGUUUCAAGGAAGCUAUCAGAGGUUGGGUUCAAGAGAAGCCCCGAGAAAUGCAGAGAGAAAUUUGAAGAAGAAACCAGAUUCCUCAAUUCCAUCCACGGCACCCAUAAUCAUAGUUACUUCCCUAAUCAUCAUGAUGAAAAUGGCUGCAUCAAUCAACAGCAGCAGAACAAGUAUGCCCAUGACAACGCUGAAGUCGAACCCGAAUCAAAACCAGGCACCGCACCAGCAGCAGGAAAUCAAGAAGAAAAUGAGCAUCAAGAUCGACCCACCGUGGAAAGCAACGAGGAUGACACAGAAGAAGAAGGAGGGGAUUAUGCAGCUCCAUCGGCGGCAUCAAACGGAAACCAGAAGAGGAAAAGGAGACAAGAGGAGGAAGAAGAAGAGGAGGAGAAAUUCGAGAUGUUCAAAGGUCUGUGCCAGGAGAUGGUGGACAAGAUGAUGGCUCAGCAGGAAGAGAUGCAGAACAAGCUGAUAGAGGACAUGGUGAGAAGGGACCAAGAGAAGCUCGCCCGCGAAGAGGCAUGGAAGCAGCGCGAGAUGGAUCGAAUCAACCACGAGCUCCAGCUCCGGGCCGACCAGCAAGCCCUGGCCGGCGACCGCCAAGCCUCCAUCAUCAAGUUCCUCGAGAAUUUCACCACCACCACCGCCGCCCUCACUAACGCUGUGACUAAUUCUGCUCCGCCGCCGCCGCUGGAGAUGAUUGACUACCAGAUCCAAAUUGCCGCCGCCGCCGGCGACAAGGACGGCAAUAGUAAUCGGAAUUCCACCUCGUCGUCCUCGUCGGCUGCAAACCCUAACAACAAUUCGUCCGCCGACGAACUUUCCCAAUUAGAGCCCGGCGCAGUGACGGGCGUCGGUAGCAAAAGCAUUCCCCCAAAUUCAUCUCGAAACCCUAGAAAAUCCGGCGAAUCGGAGGAGAAUCGAGGGAGAAGCUCGGUGAAGGAGGAGGUCGGGAAGAGGUGGCCGAGAGACGAGGUUCUGGCGCUGAUAAAUCUGAGAUGCGGAAUCCACAACCACAACAACACGGAAGGUGAAGGAACGCCGACGGCGGCUGCGGGGAGUAACGGUAAGGCGCCGCUUUGGGAGAGGAUUUCGCUGGGGAUGGCGGAAUUGGGCUACAGGAGAAGCGCCAAGAGGUGCAAGGAGAAGUGGGAGAACAUAAACAAGUAUUUCAGGAAGACGAAAGAUUUGAACAAGAAGAGGUCCGCCGAUUCAAGGACGUGCCCGUACUUUCACCAGCUGAGCACCUUGUACGGCGCCGCGGCGGCGGCGGUGCCGAAGCCGUUGGCAUCGGAGGAGGAGGAGGAACAGGUGGUGGAAGGGACGAAGGCGGUAACGGAUAGUGAGAAUAAUAUUAAUACUAGUAUUGCGGCGAGUGAUGGUACUUCAGCAGCGGCGGAGAUUGUUGCUCCGGCGGCGGCGGCUGCUGCUUCUUUUGGUUAUGAGUUUUAGAUUAGGAAAUAAUUAAUAAUAAGUACUAUGUCUCUGGAGUCUGGAGAUGGAUUUAUGUAUAAUGCAUUACUUAUCUAAUUAUAUUAGCUGUGAGUUAGAUAAAAUUUUGAUCUUCGAAUUACUAUUAUAUAUAUCAUAAUCAUCAUCAUCAUCAUCA